GUACAUACCGUGUUUGUAAAUAUUUAAAUUCAUUCAAAACCGGAUUUUGGGACUUUAGCCAUACUAAAGCGAUAACGCCGAUCUAUUUCGAUAAAAGUUUGUACGGAAGGCGUAUACAUAGAUAUCUGAACAAAUGAUCUCCCCAUGGCGGGAAAACUUUCACGAGAACAGAAGGGUCAACUUGAGGAUUGGAUUGGACAGGGUCCGAAGACCUUCCGCUUGUUGUACGCUAUCACACGAGAUGGUUGCUCGGCGCAGACCUUCCACACAAAAUGUGACAAACAAGGACCUACUGUGACUGUACUGUAUAAUCCCUCGGGGUCGGUGUUCGGGGGAUACACCUCAACGGAUUGGGAUCAAAAUAUGAAUGGUCACAGCAGUGAUACAGCUGCAUUUUUGUUUCAACUAACAUUCUCUGGAAAGAAAACAGUAAAAAUAUUCUGCGUUAAAGAUGCCACCCAAAGUAUCUUUAAUAGGGCAAAUUUAGGACCCUUAUUUGGUUCAAAUGAUCUUUACCCAUUCUGCAAUACCGUUCAAGAAUCAGAAGGUGUUUUUAAACUGAACGGAAACAACUCUUUUUCUGUGUGCUAUAAGAUGGAUGGAGUAUCAUCGUGGGCAGAGAUUAACAACGGAAACUCGGUCGUCAAUGAGCUUGAAGUGUAUCAACUUACAGAAGGAAGGGAGCCAGACGUACAACUGGAGAAAAGCUGGCGAACUGUUCCUGACCUGACCACCAAGACACUUUCUGAACUUACUACAGCAAUUCAGAGCCAAAAAAGUCCAGGAAAAGCAAAAAUGGUCGGCUACAGGCUGACACUGAUUGGACCUGUUGGUUCCGGCAAGUCAAGUUUCUGUAACACGAUAAUGACCGCAUUCCAGGGCCGGGUUAGUCACAGGGCCGCCUGUGGGAAAGAGGAUACAAGCGUCACAAAUACGUAUCACCCAUACACGGUUAAGACGGAGGCUUGUUGCUCUCUGAGUUUCAAGCUGUGUGACACACGAGGAAUAUCAGACAAGGCAUGCCUGGAUUUGACUGAGUACAAGCACCUUGUAGAAGGACAUAUACCAGAAUAUUAUGAGUUUAAUCCCGAAGUCGAGUUAUCACUGGACGAUGCGCGUUUUGUCGUGCGUCCCAACCUUGAAGACAAGACCCACUGCGUGGUUUUCGUGCUGGACGCUUCGUCCCUUGACAGUCUGUCCGCUGAAAUACUGCAGAAGCUUCGUGCCUUGAAAAUGUUCUGUAUCAGGAAAGGCGUAUCCCAAGCAAUCCUCCUGACUCACAUUGAACUGAUAGACCCUGAAGUUGGCGGGGAUUUGGCAACAGUCUUCAAGAGCGCCCAAGUUGCAGAGAGUGUUAAAAAAGUAUCAGAUCUCCUCGGACUUCCGCGAAACUCCAUCCAUCCCGUAAAGAACUAUGAAUGUGAAGUCGCCACCGAUAAGAAGAUCAACUGUCUGGCUCUGCUCGCUCUUCAACAAAUUAUUUAUGCUGCCGAGGAUGGAGUUGAAAACUUGUUGAUGAAGAGAGAGUCCACCAGUAGCAAACCUGACAGAGAUCUAGUGGAGCUUUGCGGCUCCGAAUGUGUGGACGACUCUUCAAAGUAGAUGAACUUCAUGUUGAAAAUCAAUCCAGGGGACUGUACCCCGGCGAUUUGAUGGACCUUUUCGUUGGUGAUUUGUCCAAACCAUUUAAAUUUGUAAGGACCACUUGUCCAAGUGACUGAAAUUUGUGUGGACGACUUAUCCAAGUUACUGAAUUUUAUAACUCAUUAAGAAUUGAGCACCUCGUAGGGUAAACAUUACCAAACAGAUACUUAAUGAUAAGAUAAAAAUGUGUAUUACUUGUUGUCGUUUUCAAUGAAUAAACUUUAAAAAGAA